AUGCCCGACGAAUAUCCUCUCUUUCAGCCACAGGACCACGACGCCACCGCGUCGGCCGCCUUUCGUUUUCUGCGGCACGUCAAUACCGUCUACGGCCUCUCCCUCUCGGACUACUAUGACCUUUACAAAUGGACCACCACGCACCUGGAUCUUUUUUGGGGAAACGUCUGGGAUGAAACGAGUAUCAUCGGCGACAAGGGCUUGCAUGUUGUAGAUAACGCUGCCCUGCCAUCUGCGAACCCCGUCUGGUUCGCCGAUGCGCGGGUCAACUGGGCUGAAAACAUGCUGCACUGUCGUUCAACUACCAAGAUUGCCCUUGUAGAAGCCACUGAGCCCACUCCCCAUGAGCGUCCUCCACGUCUUAGAAGCGUCACCUACGCGCAACUCUACGCUCUAGUGGCUGAUGUCGUCUCGGCGUUGAUACGUCAUGGCGUUAAAGCAGGAGAUAGAGUCGCCUCCUACUCUUCCAACUGCAUUGAAGAUGUGGCAGCAUGCCUCGCGACUUCUGCGAUCGGCGGUAUCUGGGUCAGCGCAGCUGCAGAUUUCGGUUCCACAGGCGUAAUGGAGAGGCUGGAACAGGUCCAACCCAAAAUCAUAUUUUCUGUUGACGCGGUUGUCUACAAUCACAAGGUUCACCAGCACCUACCGAAGCUGAGAGCGUUGCUCGCAGGCCUGGCAGAUAAAAUCCCUACGCCGAAAGUUGUGAUCAUGAGUACAAUUUCUCAGCCGGAUACCCAAUCCUGGGAGAGCGAUUGGAUUGGUUGGGAAGCCUUCGUCAGAGAAGGCCAGGAACGCAAGCUUGGGCGGUCAGAAAGCGGGGAGAUAGAGUGGACUCGCCUACCAUUCGAUGCGCCUUUGUGGAUACUUUUUAGUAGUGGUACAACUGGGCGUCCAAAGCCCAUAGUUCACCGAGCAGGAGGAAUGCUUCUCCAGGGCAAGAAAGAAUUCGUGAUUUGUGGUGACCUUCGUCCAGACGACGUAUUUUUCUACUAUACAACAACAGGAUGGAUGAUGUGGAACUUUCUCGUGAGCGGACUCAGUAUCGGAUGCACACUUAUCUUGUACGAUGGCAGCCCCUUGCGAGAUGUUAGCUUGCUGUGGAAGCUUGUCGAUGACCUUGGCAUCACUAUUUUUGGCACCAGUGCGAAGUAUCUCGACCACCUCUCGAAAAACUACCGCCCUCGAGACCAUCACCGUCUUGAGACCCUCAGACACAUCUAUUCCACGGGAUCUCCACUUGCAUCUCCAUUGUUCGACUAUGUGUACGAGCACAUCAAGCCCAAUGUUCUCCUAGGCUCCAUAACAGGCGGAACAGAUAUCUGUUCCUUGUUUGCCGGAAUGUGCACUGCGCUUCCUGUGUUUCGUGGAGAGAUCCAAUGCAGAAUGCUCGGAAUGGCAGUUGAGAGCUUCUCGCCAACUGGUUCUCUCAACCCACCAGAUGAGGCAGGGGAACUUGUCUGUGCCAGGCCGUUCCCAUGCAUGCCGCUUGGCUUUUGGCCCCUGCCAGGAUUCGGCUCAGAGGCUGAUGUUCGCGCAGCUCAGGAAAGAUUUUAUCAAUCAUACUUCGCAGAGUUCGAGGGUGUGUGGUACCACGGCGACCAUAUUAUCAUCACACGUUCGAGGAUGGGGAAUGGAGGAGGGCUAAUCAUGCUUGGACGCUCCGACGGUGUUCUGAACCCCGGUGGUAUUCGAUUUGGGUCCUCGGAGAUUUAUGAAGUGCUCGAUACGUGCUUCUCAAGCCCGGCUGCGGGGCACGCAAUUAUCGAUUACUUAGCCGUCGGGCAAAAAACCGACGGAGGAGCAGACGAGCGGGUGGUUUUAUUCGUCAAGCUUGCUCCUGGCCAAGAGCUCUCGUCCGACUUAGAAACAAAAAUGAGAGCAGAAAUACGCUCCCGAAGAAGUCCUCGGCAUGUUCCAGCAAAGAUAAUCCAAGUGUCGGAUGUUCCGUACACCCUAAACGGCAAGCGUGUGGAAGUGCUUGUGAAGAAGAUAAUCAAUGGAGCUCCAUUGUCCUCUGUCAACCCUGCAACAUUGUCAAACCCAGAGUGUUUGACUUUCUACCAUGAUAUUGGGGAGAAACUGCGCGCUGAAUGCCCUUAG